AUGCCUCAAGCAUCAAGGACCAAGAAACCCGACGUGAAAGUCGUCAUUCUGGGAGACAUGAACGUGGGAAAGACUUCUCUCCUGCACAGAUACACGGAGAGGAAAUUUAAAGACACCAUCAGCACAGUCGGAGGGGCGUUCUUUCUGAAACAGUGGGGACCCUACAACAUAUCCAUAUGGGACACUGCAGGUCGGGAGCAAUUCCAUGGCCUCGGCUCUAUGUACUGCCGUGGCGCGGCUGCAGUCAUCUUUACCUAUGAUGUUACAAACUGGCAGAGUCUGGCUGAGCUAGAGAACCGCUUCCUGUCCCUGACCGAUACCGCCAACACUGAUUGCAUUUUUGCCAUAGUGGGUAACAAAGCAGACCUGACUGACUCUCUCGCUCAAGGCCCGGACACAGAGGGCGAGCAAGGGAAUGAACCCCAGUCUGUCGUCACAUGUCCAACUCCUCCUGCAAGUCUACUACUGCACAAACAGGUUAGCAGAGAGGAUGCCGUGGCCCUGUAUGGGCGCGUGUUACGCUACAAAGGCCUGGAGGAGAAAGCAUGUAUACCUGCCGAAAGAGUGUGCUUUGAGACAAGUGCUAAAACAGGCUACAAUGUGGAUGUUUUGUUUGAAACCCUCUUUGAUCUGGUUCUGCCCUCCAUCCUGAAGAAAAGGAGUGAGGGAGAGAGCUCCACAGUGGACCUGGAGACACCGAUGGAGGUGAAAAGUACUAAAGCUGGAUGCUGUGCGUAGGAGAUGUGAGGAUUAUGGUAUUGUUUUGUGAAUCAAUGCCAAAGAUAAAAAUCGUAUUGCCACAAUUACAGCUAGUUAAUUGUACAGUAAUAAUUCACCUAAAAAAUAAAAAUUCUUUCACUAUUUACUCAGCCUAAUGUCACUUCAAACAAGUAUGACUUUCAUCUGUGGAACAAAAAAGGUUUUUAUUUUUAAAUAAAAAAUCCACGACUUUUUUCCAAAUAAUGUAAGUGAUUGGUGACUCAGGGCUGUCAAGCUCCAUUAAGGACAAUAAAAUAGCAUAAAAACACAGUAAAAGUAGUUGAUAUGACUUGGGCACUUUUUUCCAAGUCUUAUGAAGCCAUACAAUUACUUUGUGUAAUGAACAGAACUAAAUUUUUGUCAUACAGCACCAAAAUCAAAUAUGACACUUGAAAAACAUCAAACCUCACCAUUAUGAUGGAAACACCAUGGAAGGAAGAAAGUCAUACCAGUUUGUAGCAUGAAUUUUACUUUUUAGGUGAACUAUUUCUUUAACUACUGCUAUUUUCUACAAUUUUCAAAGCAGUAUUAAACAAAAAUACACUUAGUAUCUUUUGCAAUACACGUGGUAUCUUUUGUUUUUUUUGCUUUUUAUGUUAAAAUUAUAUGCAAACUACAUUUAUAUAUUUGAAAAUUAUAUGAUUUGUAAUAUUUUUCCAACACUAACUCACUUUAGUCUAAUUUGAGAAAAAUAGAUUCCCAAAGUUCGGAAUAAAUGCAUUAGUCUGUGUGGUUGGUAGUAUGAAUUUUGUUAUGAAAUCAGGGUAUAGGAUCUUGCCAGUGUACCAUUUCCCCAAACUGUUGUUGGGGAAGAUCUUGGAUAUACAGGUAAUGUGCCUGUCUUUAUCCAUCCAGUUUUCUUUUAAACAGGGCCAAAGUUUUAUUUUACAGUAAUUAUUUGCAUGAUGUUCUGUAUAUGACUUGCCCAGGGUAUUUUGUUACAUGUGUAACCUAAUGCUUUAUAAAUGUGUAGGUUUAGACUCUAAAAGGUAUUAUGAGAUAUUGUUCCCAAUUAACACGAGAAAUGACACAAAUGUAACAAAGGCCUUUAUUUUCUUUUAUUCAAUAACACUAUUAUUCAAAAUCAAUGUCUUCAAAUAUUCCACUUAUAAUUACAUUUGGUUUAAAAAAAAAAAAAAAAAAAAAAGAGUGUUUCUGAAUGAUAAGAUUGUUGUUUUGGUAUCAAAAACAUGCUAGUGGUUUAUGGCUUUGAGGACAAUAUACUUGUGCAAUGUGCACUGAAAAUGGGCAAAGCUGUUCAAAGUCCAAAAUAACAUGAACACAGUUGACCCAUAUUUGGUCUAGUCGAUGUUUACAGACUCUUGUUGAUGAAAGAGUGGGAGCCUGUUUGUGUAUUUACAUAUAAGUGGGAUAAAGACUGAACUCUGUAGAGUCUUCAAAUCUGUCAGUAGAGAUUGACUUUGCCUUGGCCUGAUGUGUCCUGUAAACCUCAGAGAAAAUCAGUGCAAUUGGUGUAACCAAGAGAGGGUACAGAUCAAAUAAACAAUAGCUAUACUUUUGAUUGAACAAAACUCUAAUAAAAAGGUUCAAGUCUCA